AUGCCUCCCAGUAGCUGUCCAUUCACAUCAGAUCCGGGAGUUACUACACCUGUUGAUGUGAAUAGUCUUAAACCUGCAGCUAAGGAAGAGCAGUUGUGUCAAGACUUAGUUUCUCCCUGCUUGCAGAAACUAAUAGCUUAUCUUCGGCAACUAAGUAUAUGUUCAGAUAAUUGUAUUGACAUCAUCAAAAAUUGUGCCAAAGUGGAUCAGGUUAAAGAGACAUCUGCACAGCCAGCUCUGAGCCACUGUUGUACUCAUUUAUGUCCGAUCAACGAAUCCUUAAGGUGGGCUCUGCAACAGGAACCUAAGCAGGAUCACAACUGUCUUCAGCAGACGUCACCUCUGUGCAGCCUUCAGCAAGACAUUAGAAACCUGCAGCAUGGGAUGGCACUGCAUGGCAGCGAUAAUCAUCAUGAGGAACCCCAAAAUGAUUCUGGCUAUGGGUCAGGAAUACCUCCUGCUCAUCGCCAUUAUCAUCGUCCUUGUUUCAACAGUCAAAUUGAUUUGGAAAAGUUGGAGAAAAACUAUUCUGAAUUAUUACAAUGUGGUUUUUACUUUGGCUCAAUUGACAGCCAAACAUCCAAGGACCUUCUUCAAAAAACACCAACUGGUACGUUCUUAAUUAGGGAUAGCUCACAUUCAGGAUAUUUGUAUACUUUGAGUGUGAAGACUGAAAGAGGAGCGACUAGUGUGAGAAUCCUAUACCACAAAGGUCUUUUUCAAUUUGACAGUGAUGAACGAAUAAGGAACAAAUUGCCUCAGUUUGACAGCGUGUUAGGUCUUGUGGAUUUUCAUGUCAUGGUAACCAGCGAAGGUGGGAAUAAAUCCUGGCAGUGGGAAGAAAUGUCAGGACACAGGAGCAUGAAGGCAACGCUGACAAAACCUCUUAAAAGUUCAGUACCCUCCUUAGCUCAUUUGUCCAGAGUGAAGAUCAAUCAGUGUCUAAACAAUGCCUAUUUAUCACCAGUAGUUGACACGUUACCAUUGGUUUCAAAUAGAGAAAAGGAAUUUAUGAAAGAAUACCCCUACAGAAUAUGA